AAAAGAGACUGUUUUUACUGUCAUUUGAAAAGUAAUGAAAAAUACUGUAAUUUUGAAUUAAACUCUUGCAGUGUUCUGAAAAUUUUACACUAUAGCAAUGUAAGUGUAAUGCAAAAAAGAAAAAGGCUUUAUAUUAAAGUUUCUCAUUUUCCUAAACCUAGGAUGGUAAGCGGAUGUUUGGCACCUAUUUUCGUGUUGGUUUUUAUGGAACCAAGUUCGGGGAUUUGGAUGAACAGGAGUUUGUUUACAAGGAGCCUGCAAUAACCAAACUUGCAGAAAUAUCUCACAGAUUAGAGGGAUUUUAUGGAGAAAGAUUUGGAGAGGAUGUGGUUGAAGUAAUCAAGGACUCUAAUCCUGUAGACAAGUGUAAAUUAGAUCCUAACAAGGCAUACAUUCAGAUUACCUAUGUGGAGCCAUACUUUGACACAUACGAGAUGAAGGACAGAAUCACAUAUUUUGACAAAAAUUACAACCUUCGCCGUUUCAUGUACUGCACACCCUUCACUUUAGAUGGUCGCGCCCAUGGUGAACUCCAUGAACAAUUCAAACGGAAGACCAUUUUAACUACUUCUCAUGCCUUUCCUUAUAUUAAAACAAGGGUCAAUGUCACUCACAAAGAAGAGAUAAUCUUAACACCAAUUGAAGUUGCUAUUGAAGACAUGCAGAAAAAGACACAGGAAUUGGCAUUUGCAACACAUCAGGAUCCAGCAGACCCCAAAAUGCUUCAGAUGGUACUCCAGGGAUCUGUAGGUACAACUGUGAAUCAGGGGCCUCUGGAAGUCGCCCAGGUUUUCCUAUCUGAAAUACCCAGUGAUCCAAAACUCUUCAGACAUCAUAAUAAACUGCGACUCUGCUUUAAAGAUUUUACUAAAAGGUGUGAGGAUGCCUUAAGAAAAAAUAAGAGCUUAAUUGGACCAGAUCAAAAGGAGUAUCAAAGGGAACUGGAGAGAAACUAUCAUCGCCUUAAAGAGGCUCUACAGCCACUGAUAAAUAGAAAGAUUCCUCAGUUGUACAAGGCAGUGUUGCCUAUCACUUGCCACAGAGAUUCCUUCAGUCGAAUGAGCCUUCGCAAAAUGGAUCUCUAAAAUAAAUGCACUUGUUUUACUCAUUUUAAAAGAGCCAUGUGUUCAACAUUAAGUGUGAAAAUAAGAGCUAUUAAAAAAUAGAACUUGGGAUGUAAUUCUGGAAAUUUUAACAAUUAACUCAUUGAAGAAUGCCAAAAUGAUUUCAAAUGUAGACUUAAAAGUUUGAGAAUCAUGGCUAUGGUUUCUAACAUUCUGGUAACAUGCUAUUGUUUUUUAAAGACAUUUUAAUGACUCCAAGGUACACUAUACAUUUACCAUUAUUUAUACCACAGCUAAUGUUAUUUACUUUACAUUCAUAUUUUUUAAUUUAUAUUACCAUUUAUAGAUUCAUUUUGGAACCAUUUUAAAUGUAGUAAUACUUAUUUUAAAGGUACUAUUAAAUGUGAAUGUUUACACU